AUGGCCCCCAAGGCCGGCCGCGGCAAGGGCAGGGGCGGCGGCGGCAAAGGCGACAAGAGGAAGAAGGAGGAGAAAGUUGUGCCCAGCGUGGUAGACGUCACGGUCGUCACCCCCUACGAAUCCCAGGUGACACUCAAGGGCAUAUCCACGGACCGUGUGCUGGACGUGCGGAAGCUGCUGGGGUCGAACGUGGAGACGUGUCACCUGACAAACUAUUCACUCUCCCAUGUGGCGCGCGGGCAGCGGCUGGAGGACGGCGUGGAAAUCGUGGCGCUCAAGCCCUGCGCGCUCCGGAUCGUGGAAGAGGAGUACGCGACGGAGGAGCAGGCGGUGGCGCACGUCCGCCGGCUGCUGGACAUCGUCGCCUGCACCACCGCGUUCGCCAAGCCCCGGGACGGCGCAGCCAAGCACAAGUCGUCCAAGCACGGCCGCCCCGCGACGCCGCCCUCCCCGCCCGCGCCCGCCUCGACCGGGGCCAAUGGCGGCGGCAGCAGUGGCGAGGGCGCGCCGCCGAUAUCGGAGGCGCACGACAUGGCGGCCAUCCGCCCGCCGCCGAAGCUGGGGGAGUUCUACGACUUCUUCUCCUUCGCCCACCUCACCCCGCCCAUCCACUUUAUCAGGAGGAAGGAGGCGAAUGGCGCUUCUCAGGAAGGCGAUUACUUCGAAAUCGAGGUGAAGGUUUGCAACGGGAAGCUUCUGCAUGUAGUUGCUUCAGUAAAGGGUUUCUACUUGGCAGGGAAGCCGCACAAUGUAAGCCGCUCCCUGGUGGACCUACUGCAGCAGCUCAGCAAUGCGUUUGCAAAUGCAUAUGAGGCAUUGAUGAAAGCUUUUGUGGAUCACAACAAGUUUGGGAAUUUGCCGUAUGGAUUCCGUGCAAACACAUGGCUUAUUCCUCCAAUAUAUGUUGACCCUGCUACAAAGUGUCCAGCACUGCCAGUCGAGGAUGAGAAUUGGGGUGGUGAUGGGGGUGGCACUGGACGCAACGGAAAAUAUGACCGCAGACGGUGGUCAAAAGAUUUUUCUAUUUUGGCUAGAAUGCCAUGCAAAACUGAGGAAGAGCGGGUGAUCCGGGACAGGAAAGCUUUUCUUUUACACAAUCUGUUUGUAGAUACAGCAAUUUUUAGAGCUGCAUCAACAAUAAGGCGACUCAUUAAACAGUCUAUGAACUCAACUGGUGCGCAAAGUGAUAUGCAUGGUUCAAACAUAUUUGAGGAACGUAUCGGAGACAUGCAUAUAACUGUGAAGAAGGAUGGGGCUGAUGCUAGUCUGAAGCUGGAGGACAAGGUUGAUGGUGUUGCCUUCUGUCCAACAGGUGCUAUGGAUAUCACACAAAGAAAUAUUCUGAAAGGUUUGACUUCUGAUGAAAAUGUUGUUGUUAAGGAUUCUUCAAUGCUAGGAGUGGUGAUUGCCAAGCAUUGUGGAUAUACAGCAACUGUGAAGGUUUCUGAACGCGCAAAGGAUAGUAAUGAUGUUAAACAAACCUAUGAAACCUCUGAUAAUUUUGAUGGAGUGCUGAACAUUGAUGUGCAUGACCAUCCCGAUGGAGGUUCUAAUUGCUUGAAUGUUAACAGUCUAAGAAUACCACUCCCGAGAAUUAUCAAUCCAGAAACCACUGUUGGUAACCAGUAUCCGAACCCAAAGUCUCAUGUUAGUAAUCCUGCACGGAAACUGGCAUGCACAGUACUUGAGGACAGCUUGAGAAAGCUGGAUAGCAUGCCUAGCAAAAAUUCUAGAAUUAUCAGAUGGGAACUUGGGUCCUCCUGGCUGCAGCACUUGCAGAAAAAGGAUUCUCCAACGUCCGAGGAUGGUAAGGGAAACAAAAUAAAGGCUGACAAAGAACCAGCUGUGAAAGGUCUUGGAAAGCAUUUUGAACAAUUAAGGAAAAUAAAAAAGAAAGAAUGCAACAUUGAAGGUUCUGGUUCUGAGAAGGAAGAAUCUAACAGUAAUUGCUCACCAAUGAAUGGUAUGCCAGAAUCAGAUAAGAUAGCUGUUGAUGAAACGAUUAAGGGGGCUGAUAUAAGCAAGCUAAUGUCAGAGGAUGCUUUCUUUCGGUUGAAGAGUUUGGGAGCUGGCCUUCAUGAAAAGUCCCUUGAAGAACUCACAGAGAUGGCCCAUAAUUUCUAUGAUGAUACUGCACUCCCAAAGCUGGUGUCUGAUUUUGCGUCCCUUGAACUUUCUCCGGUGGAUGGAAGAACCAUGACAGAUUUCAUGCAUACAAGGGGACUUAACAUGUCCUCCUUGGGUCGUGUGGUAGAGCUAGCAGAGAAGCUCCCACAUAUCCAGUCUAUAUGCAUUCAUGAAAUGGUCAUUAGGUCGUUUAAACACAUCAUCAGAGCUGUUAUUGCUGCUGUUGAUGACAUGCAAAAUAUGUCUGCAGCUAUAGCUGAGACUCUAAACAUAUUACUAGGAUCCCCCAGACUUGAAAAUGGUGCUGAUACAGAUCCACAUAUCGAGCAUAAUUUGCGAUUGAAAUGGGUAGAGAGCUUCCUUUCAAAAAGAUUCAGCUGGAAACUGAAAGAUGAAUUUGCACACCUGCGAAAAUUUAUCAUUCUGAGAGGGCUUUGCAGCAAGGUUGGACUAGAGUUGGUUGCAAGAGAUUAUAAUAUGAAUAGCCCUAACCCAUUCGACAAGUCUGACAUUAUCAGCAUUGUUCCUGUAUGCAAGCAUGUGGUCUACUCCUCAAUUGAUGGUCGAAACUUGCUGGAAUCAUCGAAGGUGGCAUUGGAUAAAGGAAAACUAGAUGAUGCUGUCAGCUAUGGAACAAAGGCCUUGUCCAAAAUUAUAGCUGUUUGUGGUCCAUACCAUCGUCUGACUGCUAAUGCAUACAGCCUUCUUGCUGUCGUGCUUUAUCAUACUGGAGAUUUUAAUCAGGCAACUAUAUAUCAGCAAAAGGCACUUGAUAUCAAUGAAAGGGAACUUGGUCUUGAUCAUCCGGAAACUAUGAAGAGUUAUGGGGAUUUAUCUGUCUUCUACUACCGACUGCAACACAUUGAAAUGGCUCUAAAGUAUGUCAACCGUGCACUGUAUCUGCUUCAGUUUUCGUGUGGGCUUUCACACCCAAAUUCAGCUGCCACCUACAUAAAUGUGGCUAUGAUGGAAGAAGGCAUGGGAAAUGUCCAUGUUGCUCUUCGGUACUUGCAUGAAGCCCUGAAGUGCAACAAGAGAUUGCUAGGAGCUGAUCACAUCCAGACUGCUGCAAGCUACCAUGCCAUAGCCAUAGCCCUUUCGAUGAUGGACGCGUACUCCCUAAGUGUGCAACAUGAACAAACCACCUUGCAGAUCCUUCAGGAGAAACUAGGGCAAGAUGACCUCCGAACUCAGGAUGCUGCUGCAUGGCUAGAGUAUUUCGAGUCAAAAGCAUUAGAACAACAAGAGGCCGCUCGAAGAGGAAUGCCAAAACCUGAUUCAUCUAUUGCAAGUAAAGGACAUCUUAGCGUAUCAGAUCUUCUUGACUUCAUAAGUCCAGACCAAGAAAGAAAAGAGAGGGAUAUGCAAAGGAAGUGCAGGCGUGCAAAGAAUAAUAUCAGAGCCCAACAUGGUGAAUCAGUUGAAGAAAAGGAGAACUUCCAGCAUGAUUCAGGAUCUCCUCUUGAAGCAACCAAAGAUGGAUUUCAAGAACAAAAACUGGAUGCGCAUCCUCCUGUGGUAUUAGAAGAAAAUUACGCUGCCCAUGAUGAGCAGAAGCAAUCUGAUGUUUUAUCACCUGAAGAAUAUUCUGAUGAAGGGUGGCAAGCAGCUAGUUUGAGAGGGAGAUCUGCAAAUGUAAGGAAGAAAAGCAGUCGCAGGAAGCCAGCUCUCACGAAAUUAAUGGUUGAUCGCUUCGAAGAUGGUCAUACAGGUUCUGUUUAUAGGAGUGGUUUCAAGCCGCAAACAAAGGGAGACAAAGAAGAUGCUGCAAGUGCUCCUAGCCAACUCUCCUUUGGUAGCUUUUUAAAAACCGACAAGUUGAAUGGGGAUACCAACAUUGUUGAAGAGAAGUCUUGCAAUACUACGGCUAAACCAGAACGGCAUGCAAAACCCACAGGAAUUAACAGGCCAACUAGCAUUGCUUCCAAGUUUGUAUCAUACAAAGAUGUGGCUGUUUCGCCCCCUGGCACGGUAUUGAAGCCCAUUUUGAAGGAGGAAGCAAAUGAGAAAGAAAAUAGACAUGAUGCUGAUCUAACACUGUCGUCUGAGGAAGAGGAUAGAAAAUUUACAGAAAAAGAGAAGGAAAAGCCAAAUGAUGAUAGCAGCAAAGAUGUUCUUUUGAGUCAGCCAGACGGAAUCAGUCACCAAGAAACACCUCCUGACAGCAACUGCGAUGAUAGCCCCUCAGAACUUAAGAAAGCAUCUGGAAGCAAACUGUCUGCUUCAGCACCCCCAUUCAAUCCGGGAUCACUUUUAUCAAUGUCACACCCAUACAGCACAGUGGCAAUAUAUGAUGCUAGUGCUGUCCUUCAGGCAAUACCAAGCCAACCAAUGGAGAUUCUCCCUCAUGCCAUUGAUACUAGAGUGCCUCGUGGUCCUCGGUCCACCUUGUACUAUCGUACUGGGCAUUCUUUCCAAAGGAAACAAGGUUACACACACAGCCAGAGCACUGUUGUAAGGGGUAGCUACUCCCCCACGACCAUGAAUCCCCAUGCUGCUGAGUUUGUGCCUGGAAAAACUGUUCAACAAUCUGAUGUGGCUGACAGAGAACCCAGUCCUGCUAAUCCUGUGACUGAUUCUGACCACGAUGUGGUUUCACAGAUCACAGAUGAAGUAAAGGCUGAGACAUCCACCGCAGAAAAGGCAGGUCAAGAUGAGAAAGUCGUUUCAGGUAAAGGAAAGGAAAACAGGGGGAAAGACGUCGUAAGAAAUUCGUACAAAUCAGAACUUGCAAGGCAAAUUUUGCUCAGUUUCAUUGUGAAGUCAGUGCAUGAUAGUUUAGGUUCCACUGCUGCUGUACCAGACAGAAAGCCCAGUGGUUCAGAUGAAACUAGUAAUGAACAGAGCAGCAACAUCAGCAAGAACGCAUCUGGUCGGCAAGAUUCUGAUAAACAACAGAAAGCCGUGGAGGUGCCUAAAGGUCUGAAGGAUACAGAGGGAUUUACAGUGGUUUCAAAACGUCGAAGGAGGCCACAGCCAUUCAUGAACCCCAUCAAUGGUCUCUAUUCUCAGCAGUCUAUUUGCACUUCUGUCAGUUAAGGCCGGUGUCUUUGCUUAGAUGGUUGGUAGCAGAAUUUUGUCCUAUCCAAGUGAGCGAGCAUGUCGUCAGACUGUACAAAAAUUUUCCGGAAUACCCUUGGUAAUAAAUUCAUUGUAAUUUGGGGUAGCUGUAGCGCUGAAUAAAAUCGCCUCUGUAUGUUAUAUAUGACAGAAUCAUAGGAUACAGCAGAUGUUAAGUUCAUCCAAUAUUCCAGUGGAGGUUCUCUUAUGCCUA